AUGUGUGACGACGAGGUUGCCGCUCUUGUUGUGGACAAUGGAUCCGGAAUGUGCAAAGCCGGAUUCGCCGGAGACGACGCUCCACGCGCCGUGUUCCCAUCCAUCGUCGGAAGACCACGUCAUCAAGGAGUCAUGGUCGGUAUGGGACAGAAGGACUCGUACGUCGGAGACGAGGCCCAAUCCAAGAGAGGUAUCCUCACCUUGAAAUACCCAAUUGAGCACGGAAUCGUCACCAACUGGGAUGAUAUGGAGAAGAUCUGGCACCACACCUUCUACAACGAGCUUCGUGUUGCCCCAGAAGAGCACCCAGUCCUCCUCACCGAAGCCCCACUUAACCCAAAGGCUAACCGUGAAAAGAUGACCCAAAUCAUGUUCGAGACCUUCAACACCCCAGCCAUGUACGUCGCCAUCCAAGCCGUCCUCUCCCUUUACGCUUCCGGACGUACCACCGGAGUCGUCCUCGACUCUGGAGAUGGUGUCACCCACACUGUCCCAAUCUACGAAGGAUACGCUCUCCCACACGCCAUCCUCCGUCUUGAUUUGGCCGGACGUGAUCUUACUGACUACCUCAUGAAGAUCCUCACCGAGCGCGGUUACUCCUUCACCACCACUGCUGAGCGUGAAAUCGUUCGUGACAUCAAGGAGAAGCUCUGCUAUGUCGCCCUCGACUUCGAGCAAGAAAUGGCCACCGCUGCUUCUUCCUCUUCUCUUGAGAAGUCCUAUGAGCUUCCUGACGGACAGGUCAUCACCGUCGGAAACGAACGCUUCCGUUGCCCAGAGGCUCUCUUCCAGGUAAGCUUUUUCUACGUUUUAAACAUCAGAUAA